AUGUCCUUACUGAUCACUUCAUCGACAAUUUCCCCAAUUCCUCUUCCCACACCCGAUGCCGUUCAGCGAGCAGUAUUCGAAUUUGUCAAAGCUUUCUAUGGUAUCGUUAUCCCACUCAUGGUCAUCAUUCUGUUGAUUGCCAUCAUCGGCAACGGAGUGAUUUGUGUGUCAUCUCGUCAUCUGCCUUCCCCCGUCUCUCCAUAUCUCAAAUUGUGCGUUUCUCUGUCAGCCGCUGAUCUCUGGGCGGCCACUCUUCUCAUUGCAGGUUUAUUGGUGAAUUCAUAUCUGCCCGUCGUACUCGGGAUACGACAAAAAUUCGUUUGCAUGGAAGCCUUUCUAGAAGCAUUUCGGGUGGCCGCAAUGCUGACAUCGGAUUGGCAUCUUUUCGCGUUGGCUGUCAAUCAAUUUGUGGGCACAAUGUGGCCAUUGAAAUAUCGAAUGUUGGUGACAACGCGUCGCAUGCGCUUUCUCCUCGGCGCUCUCUGGGUGAUCCCAUUGAUCAUUGUAUUUGGAUGGUUUACCUGGUCUGCCGAUGACGGUCUUCGUUCUCCCGAAUGUUCCUUCUUUUUCUACAAUCGUUUCCCCUUCCGCGCAUCGGUUUUUCUUCUUUUUACCGUCCCGCUUUUGGCUACCUUGGUUCUUUACACUCUGAUCGUUGCCCAUUUGAUGAAAGCUAAAGCUGAAUUUGAGUCGAAAAGCGGUCGAAAUGAGAGUCAAUUAUCGAUUCACCGAGUUGGUAUGGGGAAAAGUGUUGUGGCGGGUAAAUUGAAGCUCGUCUGGACGACACUUCUCAUUCUUCUCUCGUUUUGUCUCUCAUGGGGUUUAUGUGUUCUCUACUUUACGCUGGUUUGCGAGGAGGGCUGUCUAUUGAAAUAUCGUGUUUCUCUUUCAUUUUAUGCUUCACUCUGGAUCAAUACAGCUGUCAAUUUUAUGGUGAUGAUGAAAUUAGCGUCGAAUCCUUUCAUCUACACGCUGAGGAUACGAAAAUUCCGGAAAAGUGUUCACUGUUUGAUCAGAAAGAUUAAGAUUAUUGUAGAAUACUCUUUAGCUCUUUUGGUGGCCUUUGUGCUCAUCAAUGUAAACGCAUUCGCACGAAAAAUUGCCAUUUUACGCGCC